AUGAUUAACAUCCCUUCAAUUCCCUCUCUUCACGACGCCGUCUCCGAACCCCAGCUGGACGGAAUCGCCGCCGUCGUGGGAUGGAAAGUUCUCCUCGGCGACAUAGUUACAGCCUCAGCCACCGGGUUGAAGACGGCGGCAACGGCAACAGGGCAGAUGAGUUACAGAGGAGUACGGAAGCGGCCAUGGGGAAGAUGGUCUGCAGAGAUACGAGACCAAAUAGGACGAUGCCGGCACUGGCUGGGGACAUUCGACACAGCGGAGGAAGCGGCGCGUGCAUACGACGCAGCAGCGAGGCGAUUGAGAGGAUCGAAAGCGAGAACCAACUUCGAAAUGCCGUUGAUUGUACCGGUGGAAUCCACGUCAUCAUUACCCAUAUCAUCGAAAAAGAAUCGCAACGGUAAUCUGUUGAAGAAGAAUGGCCGGAAAUGCUCGGUGGUUACGUCGGUGGCGCAUUUGUUCCGUCCGGAUUGA